UUCACCAUCAACAUGAAGGUAUUCGUCGUCCUCGUUCUGGCCCUCGCCUCCGCCUCCGCUGGGUUGCUGCCCCAGAUCGCUCCCGUGCAUCCCAAGGACAGGAGUGCCGCCUUCUCCAUCGAGGGUCGCAUCACCAAUGGUGAGAAGGCCGCAGAGAACCAGUUCCCCUACCAGGUGGGACUAAGCUUCACCAGCUCCGGUGGCAGCUGGUGGUGCGGUGGCUCCAUCAUCGACAAUAGCUGGGUUUUGACUGCUGCUCACUGCACCAGCGGUGCCUCCUCUGUGACCAUCUACUACGGAGCCACCGUCCGCACCAGCCCCAAGUUCACCGAGACCGUGGCUAGCAAGGACUUCAUCCAGCACGCCAACUACCUUUCCCUGACGGUCCGCAACGACAUCUCCCUGAUCAAGACCCCGAAGAUUGCCUUUUCCAGCGCCGUUGGCAAAAUCGCCCUGCCCGCCAUCGCCGGCAGCUACUCUACCUAUGUUGGAGACACCGCCGUCGCCUCUGGCUGGGGACUGACCGGCGAUAAGGAAAACGCGGUGGCCCCGGACCUGAACUUCGUCAGUCUUAAAAUCAUCGCAAACUCCGUUUGCCAGCAGACCUUCGGCAGUCUGAUCGUCACCAACAAUGUGUUGUGCGUGGAAACUACUAAUGCCAAGUCCACCUGCCAGGGUGACUCUGGUGGCCCGUUGGCUCUGAAGGACGUUCUCAUUGGCAUCACCUCCUUUGGAUCCGCCCAGGGCUGCGAGGCCGGCUACCCGGCUGCCUUCACCCGUGUGACCAGCUACUUGGAUUGGAUCAAGACUAACUCUGGAGUUAGCGCUUAAUCGGAUUACCGAACAUCGAGUUAAUGCAAUAAAAAAAAUGAUUCUAUGAAUUUCA